GAGAACAGAGGUUUGAGGUAUGCCUUGACCAGAAAUUCCACUUCUCUAUAAGCUUGGUGUUCCUCUGCGCUUGUGAGCGUAUGUUUAACUAUCAAGCUCUUCUUCUGUGGGUAGUGAGCAGUAAUGGAGCAACCGAAUCAAUGGCUGACGCAGACGGUAAGCGCAUUUGGUCCUAAUUACUUGUGGCAUCUGAAAGUUAACAUGCUGUGAAUUUGAGGUAUAAGCUCUUCUUGCAAUGGCUGGUUUCAGGAACAGGAGGAGCUGGCGUACAUGUACCAGCAAGAAGGGGUUCCCGUGCCCGGCAUGGAGCAACAGUUCGCGGAGCCGCCGCUGCCUGGCCAUCAAGAGCAGUACUACACGCCGCCGAUGGCGACCCCGUCGUUCCAUCCAUCUCGCAGCUCCGAUUUCCCGAGCUUUGGAGGCUCGUCGUCGUUGCCGAACCUGCCGUUCGGAUCGACGACGGUGAAGAACGAGCUGGGGCAGCCGUCUCCGCCGCCGCCAUCGUCCAACUUCCUCUCCUUCGGCGCCGGCCAGGCUGGCACCCUGAACUUCUCGGGAGGCGCCUGGCAGCACGACGGCGUGGAAGGGACGAUGCAGCUGCAGGCGCCGGAGAGGCGGAGCAGGGCGCCGGCGAACGCGCAGGAGCACGUCAUCGCCGAGCGCAAGCGACGGGAGAAGCUGCAGCAGCAGUUCGUGUCUUUGGCCACCAUCGUCCCCGGCCUCAGGAAGACAGACAAGAUCUCUCUGCUGGGGAGCACCAUCGACUACGUGAAGCAGCUGGAGGACAAGGUGAGGGCGCUGGAGGAGCAAGGCUCGCGGAGGUCGUCGGAGUCCACCACCGUCUUCGAGAGCAAGUGCCGCAUAUCCGCCGCCGACAACGACGCAGCAGGACCCAGCGGGUCCGGGGACGCGGCCGAGGACUCGAGCCCGGCCGUCGAGGCCAGCAUCCGGGGGCACACGGCGCUCCUGAAAAUCUGCUGCAAGGAGAGGAGAGGGGUGCUGGUGAUGGUCCUCUCCGAGCUCGAGAACCAGGGCCUCUCCAUCAUAAACACCAACGUCGUCCCGUUCACCGACUCCUGCCUCAACAUCACCAUCACGGCCAAGGCAAGGCUUCUCUUCCAUUGCGCAAAUGCGGUUGUAGCUUGCAAGAAAAUAAGCUUCUGAUGCAUGAUCCGAAGAUUGACAUGUUGAGUUUUGUGCAGAUCGAAGAGGGCUUCUCGUCCGCGGCUGAGCUCGUGAGGAACCUGACGGUGGCUCUCAGAAGUUUCAGCUGAAAGUAGAAUGCAAGCGAUUUGUACAGAUCUUUAAUUUCUGAGUUUGG